GGGCUUUCUAUUUGGUAUCGUUUUCUUUAUGUUUUGUUCUUUAUGAGCGAGAGACAUAAAGAAAACGGUACAAAAUAUAUUUGUAUACUCCGCGAUCAGCCACCACUUUGGUGUUAGACAACAUAUUGAUGACCUAAUAUCACAUCGAUUUUAGAAAGUUAUUUGAUGUUAUAAUUCUUGACUCUGAACAGUAGCAUUAACGAAAUAUAAAUUCAAAUGAGCCUUACAACUUCAAACCCUUUUGUUAGCCAUGCCGCGGCAUGCGCGGAAAGACCGAAUUUUGGUAGGUAGGUUUGAUGCUUUUCUAGCCGCGGCCGGGAGUGGUACUGCAGAUAAGGUUUUGGUUUGAUUUGAUUUGAUUUGAUUUGAUUUGAUUUGAUUUGAUUUGGUUGGAUGUAUAUCGCCCAGGCUCAUAAGAUAUAAAUAUAAAAUGAAAGAUAUAACGCCUAAGGCCAUUGAAUAUCUUCCUAAACAGAUUUAGACAUCGUGACAUACAAUUAGAAUAACAUAGUCACAGAAAAGAUGGACAUUUUUGGCGUCACUAGACCAGUAACCAAUUUGUUCGCUGUACCACUUUAUUCGCACACUUCUUGUAUGAGUAGGUUAAGCAUAUAUCAGACAUCAUAAACCCUUUAUCCUGACAGUCCUGGCUUUAUUUGAGGUUUUCUUGAAUCUGAAACAAACUGGAGAUAGGACUCUUCGUGCAUUUACCCGUGCCAACGAAUGGUGGCGCUUUUACUCUAACUCUGUUGUAGCAAAAACCAAUGGCAGCCCCUGUCUGAUCGAGAAAUGAACAGCAUUCUGCAUAUGAACUUUUCCCGCCAUUGGUUGGCUGAGGCAGGAACAGACGAUUUUUGAAAGACUUGGCAGCAUGUCGGCAGUGGAGAGGUAAAUUUCCACAGUUCUUUACGGUAAAAUGUCUAUGUUUAAGCUAUAUAUUACCUCGUGUUGUGUCAUUGGAAGAAAUUGUCGUGUCUGGCAAUUCAUUUGCGAGGCGUUGCUGACAAAUUGUAACAGAAACUUAUUUGUGCUUGACGUGUAGAAGAUUCGAAAAUCCUGGCACAUGUUUAUCUGUGUUCAACAGCGUCACCUGGCAGAAAAGCAACGAGUUGCAGAUCGAUCGUACGGGCAUGGGUGAUAGAUCAUUGUACAGUGAUUGCGUUUGGCUGGUGAUCACGUGAUCAGACGGGCAUUUUCAUCAUCUUUCCGCACAUACGUAAGCGUGUGGGCGGCAGAGCACGUCUACAACGAGCCGCUGGAACUAGCUGGGGUGCCCGCACGGUUCAGCGAUGGGCCCGGGAGCGGACAGACAGCUGUCCAUGGCCAGGACGACCUGAAUCCGGCUUCACACCAGGCAUAAAGCUGUCUUGUUUCACGCUCGAAAGAAGACAGUUGUGAGAAAAAAACAAGAUGGAGGUUGAAGAAGACGAGUUCAAUUCCUCCAUGAACGCAUCACAGAUAUGGAACAGCAAUGCCGGACAACUGAACACCAUCCGGGUUACCAUGUCUGUGGUUCUUUACUCCAUCUGUGUGGUUGGUCUUCUUGGGAACACCUUGGUCAUGUAUGUCUUGGUUCGCUACUCCAAGCUCCGCAACACGGCAGACGUCUUCAUCUUCAACAUGGCGCUGGCAGACGAGGUCUUCCUCCUCGGCGUGCCCUUCUUCGCGCACCAGUUCGUCGCCGACGAGUGGCCGUUCGGCGCGAUCAUGUGUAAGAUCAUCUACGCCCUCGACGCCAACAACCAGUUCGCCAGCGUCUACAUCCUGGCCUGUAUGAGCAUCGACCGGUACCUCGCCAUCGGGCACCCCAUCCGCUCCCUGGGCAUCCGCACCCGAAAGGUUGCCGCCAUCACGAAUGUCGGAAUCUGGUUGGCGUCCCUGGUGUCCAUCUCGCCUGUCUGGAUCUUUUCAAGCCUCGAGACUUACCCAGACGGCAGCCAGAUUUGCGUCAUGCAGUUUCCAAAGGAUUCCAAAGACCUGUACUGGUUCACCGUCUAUCACUUCACCCUGGCCUUCGUCCUGCCCCUGACUGUCAUCACCGUGUGCUACCUGAUGGUUCUCCACAAGCUGGCCACUGUCGUCGUGCCGUCCGAAUCCAACGCUGAGAAACGCACCAAGAAGGUUGCUAAGAUGGUCCUCUUGGUUGUCGUGAUGUUUGUGGUCUGCUGGCUGCCUUUCUACGUCGUCGCGCUCAUCAACGUCAACAUGGGCCGCCCGACCUACGCCUUCCUGGUGGCCUACUUCUUCAGCAUCGGUCUGGGCUACGCCAACAGCUGCGUGAACCCGUUCAUCUACGUCCUGUUCAGCUCCAAGUUCCGUAAGCGCACCCUGGAGGCGCUGUCGUGCCGGGGCAGCUGCUGCGGGACCCAGGUCCACCCCAUCGAUGAUGUCAAUGCCGUGGCGGCUGGCGCCAAUGGGCCUGGCAAUAACGACAACAACUACAACAGGACGGGGCUACGCACCGGGCGGACCCCGAUCUCACAACCAGCACAUGAGAUGAAGAACCUUCCCGGACAGAUGUAAAAGCCUCAACAGUUGGUCAAUCAGUCUGAGAGGCGACCGCUAUAAUACUACAUGACCAUCAGUAUUUUAGUAUCGAGGGGAUAUUCUACCGUCAAAUUCGAUAUGGAUGUCCGCAUGGCUCUAAUAGCCUGUGUAUGUGUGU